CAUACCAUUGUUGAAAAUAUAAAAAAAUAUUUACAUCCCUCACCAAAAAACAAUAAUAACAUAUCAAUCAAACAUUCCAGUAAAAGCAAGACCCCAAAAAGCAUCUAUGUGAAACUGUUGCCGCACACAAACAAUGUUCUUUGUUGUCUAAUCAAACAUUCUCGAUAUCAUCAAACUUAAUCUCGACCCCUUUUCCCAAAAGUUCAUUCAGACUUUACCCAAUGUCGUCCGAUAAACAACAGUCUAAACCGCCGCCGGUGAUCGGAAAGAUCGGCUAUUACACCGUGUUUGUCACACCUACUGCAAAACCCUCACCGGAACCGUCUCCGGUUCAGCCGCCGCCGGUUCACUACGACAAGACGGCGGCAUCGUACGGCUCAAAGUUUGGCUUCUUUUGGGAUGCCAUUGCCACACUUCAAAACGUGCAUUCAAGUCUGGAUGACUAUCUGGCGCAUUGGUUUGGGUUGAAUCAGUCUAAAUAUCAGUGGGCUUUGGAUGAUUAUUAUGAACACGAGAGCACGGAGAAGGUUGACACAGGAGCUAAAGAUAUGCCCCCCAAAGCACAAAGUGUAUAAACCUGUUUGUUCUGUAGGUUUUAUGCAAGUGUACCUUCAGGAACUUGUUGGGUACAUCUAUAUGUCGAAAGGUCAGAAAACGGGAGCUUUCAUUGGUUGUAUCAGAUUAAAUUUUCAUGUGUAGGGUAUACAUGAUAUGAUCUGAUCAUGAUUCUUUUAGUAUAGCAAGUAUGGGGCCAUGUGACCUUUUGCAUAGUUAUAAUGUAUCAUUAUCUUAGCAAUCACCAAAGAUAGCAUGAUGACUAUAUAUUUUCAUGUUCUAUCGGUACUUCAAUUUCCAGUUAAAAGUCCUACUUCUUGAAUGAAAGUUAUUUAGUUUUUUUU